GAAGGUAGCCCAUCCAUCGACAACCACUCAAACCCACCCCCGCGAGUUUCGCUUUUAAGAAACUGCCCCCGCCAAAGACAAUUUCCUACUUCUUUUCAGUAUUUCGGCCGAUCCGCGCUCUACCCUUUUCGAACACAUAACCCCUCUCGCUGGCGGUGAGCUUCGAGCUGAAGGCUUGGUCAGUCAAACAACAUCAGAAAAGCGAGUGAGCGACCCGAGGUUUUGUGAGGGUUUAUCCAGGUGCCGUUGACCGACUCGCUGCUGGCCAUGUCCGAUUUCUCGCCGCCAUCGGAAGCAUCGAACGAUCGCCGGACACGUCGGCCGAAUCCCUCAACUCCACACCCCCCAGUCCGGACGGCGCCCUACCCGACAAGACCUCGGGGUAACCAACAGGGUAACCAGCCGCGGCUAGGCAACCCCAACGUCGGGGGACUGGUACGUCCACAGAAUAAUCGGAGUCUGCAUCCCAGAUUCGGAGCGACACUUCCAAGUGGCCCGGCCUCGCAGUUGGUCUCGCCACGACAACAUGGAGAUCAGUCGUAUGCCAGCAUCUCUGGUUCUCUAUCAUAUGCAUGGGACGAGCAGAUAGCCCCCGACAUGGGCUUCGGGGUGCAUUCCAGAAAUCAACCUCGGGCUGGGGGCUCUACGUCGCAAGUGGAGGUCCGGCAUCCUUCUUGGACCGAGAGGGAGCAGAUAAGGCAGGAUUACCGGAGAUCGAGACUGAAAUAUAAUAAUGAAUAUGGCCGGGCCACGCCAGUCAUCCUCAGAGGUAUGAAUGGGGAGGAUCAUGCCUUUCAGUCUGUCUGCGUCCAACGUCUUCCUGUCACGGUGGUGCACCCGAGAGGCCUCCUGUGGCUGGACACUAAGCCGAUCGAGCUUCCCCCCGGCAAAACGAUACGGCAGCUUGUCUCCCCUCUCGGCCGAAUCAACCUGCGACGAUAUGCCGAGCUCAUCGUCAAACAACGGCGAUUUGGUGUCGAGCCCAAGAUGAACACAGUUCACGUUUUGGAUGACGACUUUCCGUAUGAGGAUAUCGACAUCUAUUUCGGCCAGCCGUUCUUGGAAACGAAUCCGGAUUUCGAAGAAAACUCGCCAGCAACAUCCGUUUUCGAUGGCAACGCCGUGCCCCAGAAGCCGCUAUACGUUGGAAGCAAUAUCACAGGUUCACAAGGUCCGGGGAAGAGCGCACCUCUCAGCUGGGCCAACGCAACGCACAUUCAGGCGGCCCCGGGAGCGUCUGGGUCAUCAGGGAGCGUGUCCUUGGACGCCUGGGUCGACGUUGCGAUUAUCGAUUUGCGGCUGAACAGGAGCGGCCUGGCCCGCGAAUGUGGGGAUCGGUUUGUCUUGCUUGAACGCUAACGGGUCACAGGCAACAUAACAAGCCAUACUGAUUGGACCCCACUGGAACACGCCCAUCCUCCCCCUGAUCGGCAGGCCCAGAUCUUUUAUCCAAGCUUCAACAGCCAGAUCACCUCUCCCGCAUACGGCAGCAACACUAGUUCUGCUAUGCCUCCAGAAGGAUCCACUUACCCGGCCACGCA